CUCACUUUUAGUUUCAUUCACACAAUUUAUUCUGUCUCUUUAUUUAUUAUCAAUAUAUACUUUUUUUCUUAAAAAAUUCUCUCUUCUCUUUGACACAAUUUGUUCAAGAUAUUUUUUUUACUUUUUAUCAAACUAUAAAGACAAGUGAAAAUCACUUACCAAACACACGCCUAUCAUCUAAAGUCUAGACUUUUGAGUUGGUUGAGACUCACGUUGGGUAGUUAGGAGGGUUAUUCACGUUGGCUCUAAUUUGUGAAUUGUGAGAUCUACCGAUACGGCUAUAUGCCUAUAUGCUAUAUCCAGUAUCCUACGAGACUCUUUCAACCCUUGUGCUCGAAACUUCCUAAAUCGAAAACUAAAGAAUGGAUGGUUAUGCGUUUUGAAAUCCCUAGAUCUGUUGUUGAUUAUGGAAAAUUCCCAAAGAGUUGUAGUUUUCAAUUAGUUUUCCAUAAUUGAAUUCUUCGAUCCGAACGAGAUAAACCCUAGAAACACGACUCAUCAUCAUCAUCUUUUGACUUCGACUUUAAACAUAUUAUUUGUUUAAGCAUCCAUUGACGGUUUUCGAAAUUAUCUAAAGAAUUAAUAGGAAGCCAAUUAUUUUCGAUCUCUUAAUUUGUUCGUAUAUCAAUGGCCGAUGCACUCAGUAUAAUUCCUGCUGCCCUACUUCGUAAUCUUGCCGAUAAGCUCUAUGAGAGGAGGAAGAAUGCUGCACUUGAGCUUGAAGGAAUUGUGAAACAAUUGGCCGCAACUUCAGAUCAUGAGAAGAUAACGGCUGUGAUCAAUUUACUCACGGAUGAAUUCAUUAAGUCUCCGCAGACCAAUCAUCGAAAGGGUGGAUUGAUUGGAUUAGCAGCGGCUACUGUUGGUUUGACCACCGAGGCAGCUCAGCAUCUUGAGCAAAUUGUACCUCCUGUGCUCAAGUCCUUUUCUGAUAAUGAUAGCAGAGUUCGGUAUUAUGCAUGUGAAGCCUUGUAUAAUAUUGCAAAGGUCGUUAGAGGGGAUUUCAUUGUCUUUUUUAACGAGAUAUUUGAUGCUUUGUGCAAGCUGUCUGCCGAUUCUGAUGCUAAUGUGCAGAGUGCCGCUCAUCUCCUAGAUCGACUUGUAAAGGAUAUUGUGACUGAAAGUGAUCAGUUCAGCAUUGAAGAAUUCAUACCAUUGCUGAGGGAGCGCAUGAAUGUCCUAAAUCCCUAUGUUCGUCAAUUUCUAGUUGGAUGGAUUACUGUCUUGGACAGUGUACCUGAAAUUGAUAUGCUGGGAUUUCUUCCAGAUUUUCUUGAUGGUUUAUUCAAUAUGCUAAGUGAUACCAGUCAUGAAAUACGGCAACAAGCUGACUCAGCACUAUCAGAGUUUUUGCAAGAGAUCAAGAACUCCCCAUCUGUAGACUAUGGUCGCAUGGCUGAAAUUUUGGUGCAAAGAGCGGGUGCUGAGGAUGCAUUUACUCGUCAAACUGCCAUUACCUGGAUUAAUGAAUUUGUAAAAUUAGGUGGGGAUCAACUUGUUCCUUAUUAUGCUGAUAUUUUGGGUGCCAUAUUGCCCAGUAUAUCUGACACAGAAGAGAAAAUUAGAGUUGUUGCUCGAGAAACAAAUGAAGAACUUCGCUCCUUCAAGGCUGCUCCUAGUGAAGGAUUUGAUGUCGGAGCAAUCCUUUCUGUUGCAAAGAGUCAUUUAUCUAGUGAAUGGGAGGCUACUCGUAUAGAAGCGCUGCACUGGAUUUCAACUCUUUUGGACAAGCAUCGUGAUGAGGUUUUAUCUUUUCUAAGCGAUAUAGUUGACACUCUUCUCAAAGCACUCUCCGAUUCUUCAGAUGAGGUAGUGCUUUUGGUGCUUGAGGUGCAUGCAUGCAUAGCGAAAGACUCAGUGCACUUUCGACAUCUUUUGAUUUACUUGCUCAUGAAUUUUCAGGAUGACCUUUCACUUCUAGAAAAACGAGGGGCUUUGAUAAUUCGGCGACUUUGUAUCCUGCUUGGUGCUCAAACAGUCUACCAUGAAUUCUCUAGUAUUCUUGAAAAGGAACCCAAUCUUGAUUUUGCAUCUAUCAUGGUUCAGGCUUUAAAUUUGAUUUUACUCACAUCAUCGGAGUUAUCGGAACUGCGGGAGCUAUUGAAGCAAUCUCUUUUCAACAGCGCCGGGAAAGACUUAUUUCAUGCUUUAUAUGCUUCCUGGUGCCAUUCUCCGAUGGCAAUCAUUAGUUUGUGCUUAUUAGCUCAGACAUACCAGCAUGCCAGCACCGUCAUACAGUCUUUGGCGGAAGAAGACAUCAACAUCAAAUUUUUGGUUCAGCUUGACAAGUUGAUUCGGUUACUUGAGACUCCAACCUUUGCUUAUCUGAGAUUGCAGCUUCUGGAGCCUGGAAGAUAUCCAUGGUUGUUGAAGGCCCUUUACGGCUUGCUUAUGCUACUGCCACAGCAAAGUGCAGCAUUCAAGAUUUUGCGUACGCGGUUGAAAACUGUGCCUUCGUACUCCUUUAAUGGUGAGCAUCAAGGUUGGAACACUCCCUCAGAAACCUCACAUUCAAGGGUUUCAAAUCACGUGGACAGCAGACCACAUUGUACCCAAGAUGGUGUCAUGACGCAAGAUGUGGAGUCUAUGUGCAAUGGCAUUAAUUUUGAUUCAAGAUUGCAGCAGUUUCAGCACAUGCAGCAGGAACAUCGUAUUCAUGCUAAAGCACAAGCGCAGUUGAGGAAGUCUUCAGUAACUUCGACAAAGGAGGUUCCGAGUGCAGAGGAAGAUGGGGAGCCAUCGUCCAUGACAGAUACAAGCCAGCCUCCAAAACCAUUGAGAAAAGCACCAGGGCAAGGGCAAUUGUAAUUAUUAGGUAAUUCAUUUAUAUCUGGCGUGGCUGCUCUCUCGCUCCCCUGCUUGGAUCUCAUCUCAUUCAUUGCAGUCGCGAUGAGAUCUGAUAUUAUUUGCAAAGUUGUAUAUUUUUUUUUUUUAGUUUUUCUCCAAGGGGAGGUUUGGUGAUGGUAGUUCACACCGAGAUAACCCGUGAUCAUUUCCAAACUCGAUUAUUGGAUCUUUUACGGUUGUUCCUUUUCCUUUCUUUUUUGUUUGGAGGGGGGGUGGGGUUAAACAAUAGUGCUUUUUCCCAUGUGGUCCGAAUGUUUUAUUAAAAACCACAGUGGGAUGGGGGGGGGGCUUAACUACUUUGCAAAGCGUUGAUGUUCAUCUUUUGCAAAAUUGAAAUAAGCUGGCGUCUGAUUUCUGUAUAUUACUGCCUCUGGCAAGAUUUCAGUUGUAUAAUUUCAUCAUCUUUUGUAAUAUUUAAAAUUGUACGACAAUAAGAAUGACGGGUUGCUCUAUUGAUUGAAGGUUUUCUUCCA